AUAGCCAGCUCCUCCUUUACCACCUGUCCUGCCCCUGCUGAAGCCAAAGGAGCAACACCUAGAGAGGAAUGAACAUCUGAAGCUGGGGCCCUCCCACCAUGGAACUUAACCAAGAUAAGAAAAAGGAAACAUCAGAAGAAACAGAAAAUGUUACCGAGAUGCAACAGGAGAAGCAAAUCCAAGAUGAGGAAACUGAAGCUGAAGAAGCAGAUAGAGCCAUACUUGAGAGGAGUGAUUUGGUGAAAAUGGAAUUUCCCCCCCAGGCAGAGAAGCCAACCCAAAAAGAAGAAUCUAAAACUAAAGAGGCAGCUAGAAGUGAGGGAAAUGAGUUGGUGAAACAGUUGCCUGAGCUAGAGCAGCUGCCUGCUAACAUCGUGCUGGCAGGGGUCAAGAUCCAGGCCUGGUGGCGAGGCACGCUUGUGCGCCGAACCCUGCUGCUGGCAGCCCUCAGCGCUUGGACCAUUCAGUGCUGGUGGAAGGAGGCAAAGACCAGGCUGCAGGGGAGGAAGUUACACGAGGUGAUGCGCUACAGACUGAGAAGCCUAAACCUAAAGUCCAUCAACAAGCGAAAACAACCCAAUCAAAGCUCCUUCCUUUAAGACAACCCAAAGUCUCAAAGAUAAGAAGGACCAGAGCAGCCAAGAAGAUCCAGGCCUUGUGGCGCGGAUUCCUGGUGAGGCAAACUCUGCUGGCUGCUGCCCUCAA